AUGUCUGAACCACUCUCCAACACAGACUUCUAUGCUGGCCCGCGAUUUGUUCUUCCUGAUGCCACACCUGUUAUUCUUCCCAAUUGCCCGCUAUAUUUGCCCCGCUUUUACACUGUGGAAAAACACUCCCAAUGUCCCGAGUAUGAUGGCUCCUAUGGAACUAUCUACAUCUAUUUGGAAGACACUGAGGAUCGUGAUCGCAUGUGUCAUCUUCGUUCUUUCACAAAGACCUUGAAGAUUCCGAAGGGUUCUAAGGCCUAUCUUGUACAUGAUCUUGGACUCUUGCAUGCUCAAGAUGGAGAUAUGGUAUUUGCAAGACCAAUUGGUGGCGAGAUGGAUGGGGCAAAUGAUUCUUUGCAACUAAUGGCUUUCGGCGAUAAAUGGCUCACAACACCGGAGGUGGCGGACUUGUUGAAGUUCAGAGAAAGCUUGCUAGGCCCUCAAGAAGAUAUCGUUCCUGAUGAUCCCUUGAAUGGUACAGCUUUCGAGAGAGCUGGUCAUUGCAAAGGCAUUGGUGGUAACACUCGCGCAUAUAAUCUUGGUACAUCCUUGGAACAAGCGACUCAGCUAUGUGCUCCAGCCGCGCAGGGUAAAGGCAGAUAUGCUGCGGCCGUCGCGAUGUUCUUUUCGAAGAAGUUACCUAGGAAGUGGCGUGAAACUAUUAAGAAGCAGUCGGACCUGGUGAAUGCACCCCAUAUCGGUGUGGAUGAUAAUGGAAUGCAUGCAAAUGUGCAGAUGAAUAUAGCUUCAGCAAAGAAACCCGACGAUGAUGCAGGUUUGGACGGUGACCUUGGCUUUUUUGGGGGAUCUCAUAUCGACAAACACGACGCCGACAGUGCUCUCACCAACAUGCUGGGCUGCAACAAGGUUCCGGACAAAGGCUAUGAUGGAGGGGUCUUCCACCUUCUUGAGCUUGGAGUGUUUGUCUCCUUGGGAAAAUUCAACAGUCUAUAUUUCUCAGGACUCCGUUUACAUGGUGGGACUGCUCCCGUUUGUACGGAUCUCAAAUAUUGGGUCAACUAUGGAACUCGAUUGGUUUUCGUUCUCUACCCACCACGACAUAUCCUGAAUAAUUAUUCCAUAUCGGCGAUCGCUUCAUUCGAUAUUCGAUUAAGAAACGCCGAACAGGAGCAUGUUGCCCAUCUCGCGGAAAAGAAGAAAAGGAAACAGAUGGCAGAUGGAAAAGGAGAGUGGAAUACCGAUGAUGAGGAAGAUUUGGACGCAGUUGAUUUUGAAGAAGGCGAGCAGUUCAAGGUGAAGUAUGCCAACAUGCUCAAAUUUCCGGCUUCUCUCAAAAAUAACCCUCAAAAUCCUUAUGUUCAAUCUCUCGAAGAACACGCCACAUUUGCUCAAGACGGACAUGUCAUCAUGCCUCGGAAAGCGUGGAUCACCUUCAUGAUUCGUAAUUUAUACCUCAUGAACAUAGGUAUUCUUUGCCAGAUGGGUACCAAUUCUGGGUUGCGUGUUGAUCCCACUGCGUUCCUCAAAGCAUUCACUGUGAAAGGAGAUGAUCACUAUGAGAUCGAGGAGGAUGACAUCAAACGUGUAUUAGACGAAUGGAAGUAUGCUCCUCAUAUAAACGACUAUGAAGCUGAUGCUCCACGACAAGCUGCUGCACAAGAAUGGCUAGAUUGGGUCGCUCAUACUUCGAAAUUCAUUCCUGCAACAUACAAGCAUCUUCCUGGUGAACCCUUGAGUAUAGCCACUCAACCUUUCACGCCAGAAAGUGGAUUGAUCCGAAAUAACUGCUACGAAAGUCAAGUCAAGAAGCUGACUGUGGGACCUCGAGGACAUAAGCGGUCUAACCUUGCUUCCAACCGCAAUCAAAGUAAGCGUCGUCGGGAUGAGGAAACAGAACAGCAAGAUGCAAAGCGUUCUAAGAAGAAAGCCAGGUUUGACGAUGAGGAGAGUGAGGAGAGUGAGGAGAGUGAUCAUAGAGAUCGAAGCUCAAGAGCUGACUACUUCAUCGAUAACCCAAUCGCUCAAAGUAUGUUUGAGCGUACAGUGGCAGUGAUUCACCCAGAAGAAGAGACACAUGAAAACGGUAGUCUAGCUAUUCCGCAUAAAGGCACCUUUGUUAUUGGUUCUCUCUCGUUAUUGUUCGCUUCACAAGACCCUGGUGCUCGAGUUGGUGCUCUCAGUAAUCGGCUUAAUAAUCGAAUCAUAUGCCUUGGUCAAGAACGUGAACUUAUGAAAGAGAUAUCAUGCUUUGUGCAAGAAUUGACUGUCCCUGCCGAAGAUUGGUUCAGCGCAUCGUCCAUCACGGCCCAACUGGACGCUUACAGAAGUAGUCCAUAUAUUCUUGGUGUAGCUGGCUCUUCAAACUCAGGAUGGGAAACCGACUUACAUCGAAACGUCAUCCCUCUACAUGAUCAAGUAGCCGGAAAAUCUGCAGACUGGCUAUCCAUGGACACACUUCGAUCGGCUUCGUUGAGCAUGAUAGCUGUUCGGCACUUAACUGAAACGGUUUCGGUGUCGAACAUUUCUAUACGCCGAACCCGAUUCCACACUCUUCUCGCUCAUUCCUCCGCUUGGAUGUGGCUGGAGAAUAUCUGCGCUUAUCAUUCUCAGCCAGACGUAUUCAACCGUUUAGCAUAUGAUUCCUGGCCCUCCAAGUUGGCCCGUAAACUACAUAAUGCCAUCGUAGAGCUUCAACUAUCGAACAUCACCCUGACUCCUUCACAUUACAUUCCUCAUCUUCCUGCGGAGCCCGCGGUCUUUCAGAUUUUCGGCAAUCGAGAGUAUUCGGACCCACAUGCUCUCCCGAUCAUCCAGCAACGUAUCUACCAUCAGAUGAAGCAUGUCCUACAAAUGUGGCUAGGUUUCCCAGUGGAUACUUUCGCGGAUGCGCGGGCAUGGACCGCCCAGAUCCUUCAAGCUAUGUUCGGCAUUGGCGUAUUUCUCCUGGACGAAACAUGGAACAUAUAUGUUCAUCUCGCUCGAACUGUUCUUAAUCGACCUUCAAAGAACAUACGACAGAUGUACAUGCAUCAACUGGUCCCUUUCUUUCAUCAAAUCAAGCUCUGUGAAGCUUCACAUGUCAAUGGAGUUGCACGCCGCGCUCUCGACGACUUGUUAGCUCUUCAUCUAUCGGUGUUUCCAAAUCAACCCUCGCCAUCUAUCGAUCACAAGCUUGGAAACACGGCAAUGAUAGAGAAUAUUGAGCAAGCCGCCAACGUUCGUGCAUACUUCGAUAUGGACAUUAUGGAUGUAGAAGAAGAUUUGGUUGCGGAAUAUGAAGACAUUACUUUGUCUCAGGAUGCAAAUAUGCCGUUUACCACCGAAUAUGAAACAACAACUGGUUUUACGACCCCACCACCCCCAUCACCAAUAUUACCUGUCCAUGUGGAACCUCAUCAUUCAGUGUCUUCUUCAGCAUCCUCAUCGGCUGAAUUCACCCAAAUACUUCCGGCAGCCUCAUAUCCAUCUUCUGCGUCCAAAGCCCGCAUGCACCAAGCGUCGGCAGUACUUCGAAAGCUCAAGUUUUUCCUCAAGUUUGACUAUCCUCACAAGCUUUUUGUUGAGAACCGUUUUAUCGGCCCACUCAAAGAAUACAAAGAUGAAGAUCGAAAGCUGAUGAAGCUGGUUGCUAGAGACCUGGAUGGAUAUCUCCCUUUCCCCCGUCGUGCACCAUCCGUACUUCAUGCGAUGUCAACUGGGCUCGCUGACCGUCCCCUGGAUCAAUCAUUGCUAUUCAGUGCGAUCGCUUUCCGUGCGGUCUUUUUCAAAUCUCAAUAUCACUUCACUCACGACACCUUCCUUCGCAAUCUGGACGAUUACAAAACCCGCGUCAAUCAGCAACCCUCAAAAUUGUCGGCUCUUAUCACUCCUGGCGUGAAGACAGACGAUUACUGGGCGAAUCCUAAUAUGUACAGUGGAGGUCCUCACAAGCCUUCAGUGGAGUACCUCGAACUAUAUUGGAAAUCCGUGCACGCUGUCUAUCCACCUCAUAAAGCCUUCAAACGGCCACCUAUCUCAGCAUCAAAGCAACUUCCAUUCAAUCUCUUCUGGAAAGAAUAUCUUCUUUUCAAUCGAAAAAUAGAACGAAGCGGAGAGAAGGUCAAUCUGUUUAGGAAUGUGGGCGGCUUGAUUGGGUAUCUUUGUGCUCUGGAUCUUUCUUAUGCUGGUCAUGUGGAGAAGCCAAGUAUGGAUGAUGUUGUCGAAGCCAUGACCAAGGUUAACUCUGGAGGAGUUAGGGGACUGAUUGCGAUGGGUUUACUUGAGAAGAGGGAAGGAAAGGUGUCAUAUACUGCGGAGGAAGUCAGAGCUGCUUUUUCGGUUUGGCACAAUUUUUUGGAUGUACAUCUGUCGGAGGAGGAGAAGAAGGACAUGGUUUUUGAUUGUCCCAUGUCUGAGCAUUCCUCUUGCAAAAUUUCCAAGUUUGCAUCCGCUCGAGGCAAGGUUCUAACUUUUGAUGACAACUAUACCUAUACUCCAUGUGCUUGCUGUAGUUAA